AUAUUAGGGCGAGAAAAAGCCGCCAAGCGAGAUUUCCCAAAGGCAAAGUUAAAACAAGAUUCGCAGCUUUCAGCCACUUUUUUGAAUGCGUCCUCCCAAAACUCAACCAAGAAUGGCUGCGCUGCGCAAUCAACUCAGUCUAUGUCAUUGCAAGACUUGAAGCUACAGGGCCAAGAUUCUCAAGAUAGCCCUCUAUCCACCAUUCAUGUCGAGCCAAAACUGCUCUGGGACGAAGCUUAUGAUGCACUCAAAGACGAUCGACGUCUUCUUUUGGAGGCAUAUGAGAGGAUCCUGACUAUUGAGAUUGACGAAGACCCAGAAGCCGACCAGAACUUGAUCGUACCAAACAACCCAGAAGUGAGACGAUAUCAGAUGAAGCAGCUUGUGACCAAGGCUCUCAAGAAAACAGAGAAAGUGGCGAGGUCAAAUCAUGGCGUGAGAAAUGCAAUGAAGGUUGCGCUUUCCGCAAAUAAAAUGAUAAGUAGUGCGGUCCAAGUAUCUCCAGACGCUUCUCUUGCAUGGGCCGGAGUCUCUUUGGCUAUACAAAUGAUAUCAAACCCCGUUGUAGCGACCGAGAAAAAUCGCGUUGGGCUUGACUUUGUCCUAAGGAAGAUGGACUGGUACUGGAACCUAUCUGGUCAUAUUCUCCACCAGGGCAAUCUCAAAAGCGACUCCUACACAGGGCUCCGUGUUGAGUUGAAGAAUCAGCUUGUCAAUCUCUACAAGACAAUUCUCAUUUACCAGAUGAUGAGUGUUUGCUCGUACUAUCGAAGUCCGUCACGGAGCUUCCUCCACAAUGUCAUCCAGUUAGAUGACUGGGAUGGGAGCUUGACAGAAGUUCAAGACGCUGAAAGAAUUGUCAUAACAAAUUCCAAGGUUUACACCGAUCAACAGAUUUUGGAAUAUCAUGAGCAAGAUUCCAUGACUUUGAAGGACAUCCAAGUCAGUAUGCAGAAUCAAGCCUUGGAGCAGAAGGACUUUCAUGAGAAAGGAGCGAAUGACCAGUGUUUGAGAGACCUACGGGUCACCGACCCUUCUGUUGAUAUCGAGCGCAUUGAACAUAGCAAGGGCUCGUUAUUGACGGAGUCCUAUGCUUGGAUUCUAAGCCAUCCUCAUUUCAUCGAUUGGAGGAAUAGUCAUGCAACUCGCUUACUUUGGAUUAGAGGGGGGCCCGGCAAAGGGAAGACAAUGCUUAUGAUUGGCAUUGCGAAAGAAUUGCGGUCACCCGAAUAUGCAGCUAGAAGCAGCUUGCUUUCUUUCUUCUUCUGUCAGGAAACUGAUGCAAAUAUCAACAACGCCACAGCAGUGCUCAGAGGCUUGAUCUAUCAAAUACUCUGUCAAGCGCCGUCUCUCAUGUCACACCUUAGGGAGCACUACGACAAAGCAGGACCCAAGCUGUUCGAGGGGCCUAAUGCUUAUUUUUCUUUGCGGGGUAUAUUUCUGGAUAUGAUCAAUGAUUCCCGGUUGGAAAAUAUCUACUUGAUGAUCGAUGCCUUGGACGAAUGUCAAUCUGGCUUAAACGAUCUUCUGAGAUUGAUUGUUGAAAGUCUGUUGAAGUCCCAAGCAGUUAAGUGGAUUAUAUCCAGUCGGCAUCAAUCCACUAUUGAAAGGGUUUUGUCUCUUGAUGGAAAGCUAGAACUUCAUCUCGAGAAAAAUGUCGAAGGUCAUGUUUCAAGAGCAGUACAAGCUUUCAUUGAUCACAAAAUGUCGUUUCUUACUACGAGGCUCAGAGACAGCUAUGACGUGGAAAUUGAAGACCCUGAAAUUGCCGAGCAGCUCGGAGCAGUCUUGAAAGAAGUCUCUGAUACAAUUCAUGAGAAGGCAGAUGAUACAUUCUUAUGGGCUGCACUCAUUUUCAAGCAAUUUGAAGAAACGGAAUGCGAUGCCAAUAUGGUUCUUGACAUUACUCGCAAGAUGCCUUCAGGAUUGAACGAAAUUUACGACAAAAUGAUGCGCCAAAUACUCGAAUCGCAGAGUUUCGAUGACUGCAAAAAGGUACUUUCAGUUGUACUCAAUUCCUACGUUCCACUUCGCUUGCCUGAAUUGAGAAAUCUUGCAGCUUUGAGACCUCUGGCCGAUAUCCGACGCAUUAUCAGGCUAUGCUAUAUCAUUGUCCUCAGGGGUGACGAAGAAACUGUAUCUUUCGUUCACCAAUCGGCAAAGGACUAUCUUAUCCAACACAUGAAAGGAGACAUAUCGUCCGCAAUCUUUCCAAAAGGGCACCAUGAGGGACACCAGAGAAUCAUCUCACGGUCUUUAGAGUCUAUGUCAGAAAAGUUGCAUAUGAAUAUUUAUGAACUGAAGCAUCCUGGGCUUUCAAUCACGGAGCUCAAAGCUCCCCCACAAGACCCACUUGCCGCGAUUCGCUACUCCUGUGUCUAUUGGAUCGAUCAUUUAUAUGAAACAGCAGAAGAUUAUCACACUUUUCUUGACGACGGGGUGGUAUCUACCUUCUGGAAGAAGUUUUUCCUAAAUUGGUUAGAGGCCCUCAGCCUCAUGAAACGAUUCUCAAUCGCUGGAUCUGGAGUAGCGAAGCUCGUUGAUUUGUUGCAGAGAGGCUCAGAAAGCUGCAAACGUUUAUUCAUUGUCAAAGAUGCACGUCGAUUUAUCAUGGCUCAUACGCCAAUUGUUGAAAAAUAUCCUCUUCAAAUUUACUCUUCCGCACUUUUGUUUAGUCCAAGCAAGAGCUUGACUCGAGAGCUUUUCAGAGACCAAGAGCCAAAUUGGAUUACUCAAAAACCAGCCGUGGAACAGGAGUGGGGCUCUUGUUUACAGAUUCUUGAGCAACAUGACAUACACCGCCCCGUAUCGGUUUCUUUUUCACCCGAUGGCAAACUUAUCGCAUCCAUAUCAUCAAACAUUUUGACAAUCUGGGAUGCUGUUGGUACCAGGCUCCAAACCUUUGAGGGUAAAGAUUGGCAGCCGUUGCUCUCUGUUACAUUUACACCCGAUAGCACACGUGUAUGUGCCUCUGGUGGAGUCCACAUUAUGAUUUGUGACAUAUCUGGAGAAUGUUUGCACAUACCAACCACUGGCUCUGGAGAUUACAUAUAUUCAACCUCAUUGUCCCCCAACGGGUUGUCAAUAGUAUCGGGCUGUAUGGACCAGACUGUCAGGAUAUGGAGUAUGGCUACUGGAGCUUGCUUGAAAAUCCUCAAGGGCCACACCGAUAGUGUCAGCUCAGUGCAAUUUUCACCUGAUGGUACUCGAAUUGUUUCUGGGUCUGGUGACAAAAGCAUAAAAAUAUGGGAUACCACAGGCGCUUGUCUGAUAACUUUCCGGGACCUUGGAAGAUCCAUCAGGUCUGUCGCCUUCUCGCCCGAUGGGACGAAGAUAGUAUCAUGUGCUUAUGGCUCUUCAAAAGCUAUGAUAUGGAGCACCGCUGGUGUCUGCCUUCAGGCUCUCCAGGGUCACACUGAUUAUUUGACAUCGGCCUCGUUUUCGCCAGACGGUCACUAUAUCGUCACUUCAUCAAGCGAUAAAGCCAUCCGUAUUUGGGAUGUUAAAGGGGCUUGUACGAGGAUCCUUGAGGGUCAUAUUGAGAAGGUCAACGCCGUUUGCUUUUCACCCGGUGGCACUUUGAUAGCAUCUGGCUCCGAGGACAGGACUCUCAGAGUCUGGGAUCUUACAGACAAUUACCUUCCCAUUCUUACGCGUCAUAGUGGCCGAGUCGAUCAUGUCGCCAUUUCACCCAACAGUACCCGGAUAGUAUCCGGGUCACUUGACAGUACUCUCAAAAUCUGGGAUGUUUCCGGCGCUUGUCUCAAGACUCUCCAAGGUCACAAUUCAUGUAUCUGCGCAGUUGCUAUCUCACCCGAUGGUACACUUAUAGUGUCUGGAUCGGAUGAUCAAACUGUCAGAGUCUGGGACUUUCAUGGAACGUGUCUCAAAACUCUCCAUGGUCACCAAGGCGCAGUAUACAUGGUAGGCUUCGCAGAAGAAGGAAAACGUAUUGUCUCGCGCACGCUAGAUGGAGGUUACAGGAAAUGGGAUGUCAGCGAUUAUACAUGCCUCGAGGCUGAAGACCCGCCAAGCUGGGUGGUAGUUGAUGGUGUUCUUCGCUCUGAAAGGGAGAUAGUGAAAAUUGAGCUAUCCUCACCACCUGGUCCAACAGCCGUUAUGGCUCAGGGUCAUCGUUAUGGCACCGAUGAAGUAUCAAGUUGGAUCACCUUCAAUGAGCAGAAUGUUCUUUUGCUGCCACCUGGGUAUCGAUCACCGUCAGGCCCAUACUACUCCAGUCGGAUUGCGCGGUCGGAGACCUUACUUGUUCUCGGUUGUCCAUCAGGGAACGUCUUGAUUUUUGGGUUUUCAAAUAGGUCAUUUCCGUUGCGAAUUGAAAGCACCGCUGAUUCUGUCAGCUUGCGUUGA